CAAAAGGUGGCGCUUUAUUUCUUCACUUCCGUCGUUUGAUGUUUUUAAUUUGAAAUCGGUUACAAAAGGCAAUUGAUUUAGUAAUGAAUGAAACAAGUGGAGAAUUUCGUUUGGAUGAUCCACCUCAGGAUGGCAUUACUACAGUCGAAUUUGGUAACUCGAUUUAUAAUUUACUUGUUUCGUCAUGGGAUUGCACUAUUCGUUUAUAUGACAUCAAAACGAACUUGCUGCGUGCAACAUAUAAAAAUAAUAGUAGCGUAUUGGAUUGCUGUUAUUUUGAAACUUCUCAUGCAGCUUCAGCCGAUACCAAUGGCUGCGUUAAGGUAUACGAUAUUAACACAAGUCAAGAAACCCAACUUGGUAUUCAUGAACAGCCAGUUAAGUGUGUUGAGUUUUCAGCAGACACUAAAUGUCUAGUUAGUGGAAGCUGGGAUCAAAAUGUCAAACUAUGGGAUCCAAGAGCACCGAAUGAAGUUACCUGUGUGCAGCAAACUGAUAAAGUUUAUACAAUGACGAUUAGCAAUGAGAAAUUGGUUGUGGGAACAGCAGGUAGAAGAGUUCUUAUAUGGGAUUUAAGGAAUAUGAAUAAUGCUGUCCAAAAGCGCGAAUCGAGCUUAAAAUAUCAAACAAGAUGUAUCCGUGCCUUUCCUAAUGGCCAGGGGUAUGUCGUAAGUUCAAUAGAAGGCCGAGUUGCCGUCGAAUAUUUUGACCCCUUGCCCGAAAUUCAAAAGAAGAAGUACGCGUUUAAAUGUCAUAGAGUUAAAGAGGAUGGAACGGAAAAAAUUUACCCAGUCAAUGCUAUUUCGUUUCACCCGACUCACAAUACAUUUGCCACUGGAGGUAGUGACGGUCUUGUCAAUGUAUGGGAUGGGUUUAACAAGAAACGACUUUGUCAAUUUCAUAGAUUCCCCACAAGUAUAUCUUCCUUGUGUUUUAAUGCUGAUGGAACUAUGCUGGCAAUCAGUUCUUCAUACAUGAUGGAAGAAGGAGAUAAGCAUGAAUCACCUCCUGAUGCCAUUUAUAUGAGACCGGUCACUGAUCAAGAGACAAAGCCUAAAUGAAACCUGUUAGAUAUAUAAUACCUUAUUUAAUACAUUAAUCAUCUGUUAUUCCUAUAUGUACACAUGUAAAUAUAUAUAAUAAAUAUUAAACAUAAUAACUUGUAAUACGACAAGUAGAUGUUUACUCAUGGAGACAUAUAAAACAAUCUAUGAUAAUUUCCUACUUUUUCUUAAAACAGCCUGAGUAGAUGCAUCUGUUUGAUUAAAUAUAACAAAUAAAAUCUUUAAAAUCCCUUAUGGUUAAUUUAACUUUUAUAGAAAAUUCAGCAAAGCAAUUGUUGACCUUGGACUAGGAGAAAACCCACUUGUGUCCGGGAAUAGACUAAGUAGCUAAUUCAACAAAAAACAAGAGUAAAUGUAUCUUACACUUUUUAUUUGUCGAUGAUAACAGGAAUAGCAUAGAGUAGAUGGUUUAUCAAUUUACAAUUGUGAACUAUAUUUGACAUUGUCUUUAAAAACAUUGGUAUAUAUUAGUAAAGAUACUGUAUACCAG